UAAAGGCGCAUGCAAAUGUCGAUAUGCGAUGGGACGUGUUUACGCUGAAUUUUAAAAAUUGCAGCAGUGAAUUGUCUCUGUGGGCCUACAGAGAAAUUAAAUCGUCUCAACUGUUACUGUCCGUCAUACGAGGUCGAACAUGGAUCCUUCGAAUGUUAGCCCAUCUGAGAGCGAUGAGGGAUCAGCCCCUCCCUCUGCAUUUCAACGAUUCGGCCGCCGCGCUACGCUGACGGCAGCCUUUGCAGGGAAGUCGUUCAAAAAGAUGGGCAUGAAGGUGAAGAUGGCCAAUCGGUUCAUCAGUAAGAAGAGAGAAACUAAGCCUGAGGAGCCAGAUAUUCGGCGGCUUUUUACAUUUGAUCCGUCGGCGCUUAAGCGUGGUGCUACGGUUUCUGACCUAUUCGAAAAAGAAGAGAAGGAGGAAGACUUCAAUGAAAUUGUAGAUCAAGACGAUGAGAGAGUAGAAGAAGUAGUAUCACAGGGCUUGGUGGGAUUCAUGGUGGAAAGUUUCGCUUUCCGUUUCUUCAUUCUCGCAGUGAUCGUGGUCAACGCAGUCCUCAUUGUGCUACAAACAAAUGAAGAUCUUUCGUUGGAGUAUGCCUGGCUCUUUUCUAUUUUCGACUACAUUGUACUGACAAUCUUCGUAUGGGAACUCCUCCUCAAGUGGUACAAUGGCUUCUUCAUUUACUGGAGGGUGGGCUGGAACAUUCUCGACUUUUUCAUCAUCCUCACCUUGUUCCUUGGACCGACUCUUUCCUUUCUGGGGAGCAGUAGGAUUUUAAGGAUUCUUCGUGUUAUCCGUGCUUUCAGAAGCUUGAGAAGCAUUAGCGCCCUCACCGGAUUAACCGUCGUCGUGCAGACAAUUCUGCAAUCCAUUCCAGAUAUGACAAACAUCGCCCUUCUGCUGGUUAUCAUCAUGGUAGUGCUGAGCGUAGCAGGGGUGGCGCUUUUCAGUCGGGAUUUCCCCGAAUACUUUGGAAAUCUUGGGGAAGCUAUGUUCACAAUGUUUGUUUGCGUCACGCAGGAUGGGUGGAUGGGGAUGUUCAACAACUUUCAGGAGUCGCCAAACCACUUCUUGGCGGGUGCUUGCUAUUUCAUCGUCUGCAUUAUCGUCGGUGCUUUCGUCUUCGCCAAUCUUGUCGUUGCUGUUGUCGUCACAAACCUGGACAAAGCAAUCCGAGAAAUUCACGCCGAGAAUAAGAAAAGAGAGGAUACAUUGUCAACCAAGCCAGUCGCUGAAGAUGAUGAACAUCAUCACUUGGAGCAUGAUGUACCGAUUGUCAGCAUGGAAAGCGUUAUCAAACAUGGCAACCUAACUCAACAAAAACCACUUUUCUUUGGGGAUUUUUCUCACAUUACUCCGGAAAAGUUUGAGAAUUACAUCGUGGUUUUGACAGCACUCGAAGAAAACCUGACAGAGUACAAGAGGAUACGAUACGAUCUUGACAAGAUAUUCGAACUGGUGUACUCCAUCAAUGAAGAAAAAGCAGAGGGUGCCAUUCCCAAAGACGAUUCUCGUGCUACGCCAUCCUUUGACCCCAGCUUCAAAGUUAAAGACUUUGGGCGCAAAGGGGACAUUCUAUCAAACCUGAUGGAGCUGGAAAAACGCACAGGGCUGCCAGGCAUGCCGGACAGCUAUCGGCAAUACAUCAAGGAGACUGCUAAGAUCCUGGACCACAUAGGCCAGUCAAAGCACCUACAGGUGCCGGGCUCAACGGUCGAUCCCUCCGAUAUUUCGAGUCCCUCUGGCUCCGAUAGAAAAGGGGACAAGAAAUGACAAAUUAAUUUCAAUCAAAUUCUCUGUCUGUACAUGUACUUGCAGUUUGCCGUUGGGAUAAAUUUUGUUGAGCUGCAUGCCAGAAGCUACUGCGAAACAAAAUUUUCUUGGCAAAUAUCAGCUGGGUACAACGAUGUACGUGUAACAUCACUAAGCUAUUUA